AUGGCAAUGCUACAAUCACCCAUCGGGUCGUCCCCAUCCUGCACCCACAUUGUACCAAGCAGCACCUGGAUCAGUGGGAAGAGGAAUAUCACACUCACGGGAUCCCACCUGGAGUUUGUGGAAGGGGUCACGCACAGCCACGCCCCGCAGGAAGUUAGACUUCCCAGAGACAGGACUAAUCAGAGUCUCACCUAUGACACACCUGCAGCUGAAAAAGGGAUUCCUACUAGCACUGUGUUUCUGAAAGUAGCCAAUGAAACCUUGGCCUGCCUACCAAUGACCUACUAUCCAGAGCCUGAGUUCACUAACUUCACAUCCACAAGGACAGGGGACGAUGUGCGCAGAAAAGAAAAAAAUGCCAGUUGCUAA